AUGGCAGAAGAUCAGAUGAAUCUGAUCGCAGAUCCGUUUCACCGGAACCCGAAGGAUGGGCCCGUCAGCAGCGAAGCCGUCCGAACUGUUCGUAUUCUACCAAUUGUUUCAUUAUUUUGGGUUUCAGGACCUCCUGCACAUCUUUCAGUCCUUAGCCAUUCCCGUCAAGGAUCAGAAUGUGGACCUGACGACUUUAAUUUCUCAAUCUCUGGAUUCUUUGACCGCAGCUUGGAGGAAAAGGGAUUCGAGUUCGGAAAUCGCCCUGAAGGUGAGCAUUUUUGAAUGUUCUGACCUGUCUGCGCUCUCUUUUCCCUCACUGAAGGAUUUGAAAAUAUCACGUAAAAUGAGAGAGUGCAGAGAAAUAGAAAUAGAUCAAGUUAUGGCCAAUAAUCUCCAUUGAGGUCAUAAAAAUGCUAAUUUUUGAGUUUUCUGACCUGUCUGCGCUCUCUUUUCUCUCGUAUUAGAAGUCAGAGAGACUUGGAAAUAGCAUAUAACCAGGAGAGAGUACAGAUAAAUCAAAAUAUUUCGAUUUUAUGACGAAAAAGCUCCAUUGAAUGUCAUAAAAAUUCUAUUUUGGAAGUUUUCUGACCUGUCUGCGCUCUCUUUUCUCUCAUUGAAGCGGUCAGAGAAAAAUGAAAAGAGUACGGAAACAGAAGAGAGUGCAGAGAAAUAAUAAUAUUUCGAUCUUUGGCCAAUAAUCUCCAUUGAAGGCCAUCAAAAUCCUCUUUUUGGAGCUUUCUGACCUGUCUGGGCCCUCUUUUCUCUCAAAGUGUAGGUCAGAGAGAUUCGGAAAUAGUGUGUAACCAGAAGAGAGCGCAGAGAAAUCAGAAUGUUUUGAUUUUUAGCCAAUAAUCUCCAUUGAAAGCCAUAAAAAUCCCUUUUUUUGGAAAAUUCUGACUAGCCUGCGCUCUCUUUUCUCUCGUAGUAGAGGUCAGAGAAACGUAAAAUUAACGUGUAAAAAGGAGAGAGCGCAGAGAAGUCAGAGAAGUUAAAAAAAUCCCUUCAGGGCCUACUUCUGAUCCUGGAAUACUGCUUAAGUCACACCUUCGAGGGAAACCAAGCUUUUGAACUUUUCGUCGCCGCCUUGGGAUACAACACCGUGCAGUUUUGGAGGUAAACCGUUUUUCGGUCGCAUUUGGAAUGGCUCAACUUGCAACCGACUUGAAACGGCUUACGCGGCUAAUAUUGAUUUAUUCAUUUUGACUUUUUACUUGAUGGAGGUCCACAAAUUUAUUUUUUUUUAUAGUCGCUUCGCUUUGAGCCAUUCCAAAUGCGACCCAGACUGGAUUUUUUCAAAAAAUUAUUUUUCCAGAUCUUCAACCAGCCACAUUUUCGACUCGGACCUCUCGAGAGGUACGAAAUUUCGCGAUGCUCUUCUUUUUGCUUUGACCCUUUAUGACGUCAACACCGGGAAAAAUCGAUUACGGUAGGUUACUGUUACAGAAAUUCGUUUAAAACCUCGUUCUUGAUUGAAAUACUGAUAAUUUAAAAGUUGGAUGUUAGUUCUUAUGAUUCGCUUGAAACAGCAACUUGCCUUUUUCAAAACGAAUCUGUAAGGAUUUUAAUACUUAGAAAUGGUCUACUGUAGGUUACUGUAACAGAAAGAUCGUUUGAAAAACUCAUUUCAAUGACAAAAGUCAAUCAUCUAACAGUUAAAUUUCAACUCUUAUUAUGCGAUUAAAACAGUAACCUGGCUUUUUCAAAAAUGAACCUGUUAGGAUUUUGAAAAAUAGGAUACGCCUACUGUAGGUUACUGUACAGGAAGAAAAUCUGCACUUUUUGUUUGAAUUUGAGAUCGAUCGAAACAUCAAUCUAGUCUUCUAGCCGUUUUCAAAGUGAUCCAAGGCUUCUGAAAGAUUAAAAAAGUUUCAGAGUCCGAAAAAAAAAAUCGAAAUUGCGCCAUUUUUAGCAGAAAGUGCGCUCCAAAGAGAAACGAUUUUAUUUAAUAAAAUGCAGUUUUUAUCGGGCUUUUCACUCGAAAUCUCAUUCAGAUCUUUUGAAGACCUUGUCUUAUCGAUCACGUAACGUUUUAGAUCACUAUAUCGAUUGAUUGAAAAAAAUCAAUUUGGUCUUUUUACUUUUUUUAAAAAGUUAUUUUCCAUAGAAUGACCUACGGUAGGUUACUGUAGAUGAAAGAUCUUUAGAGAAGUUUGUUUUUAAAAUACUUAUCGAUCAUGUCACGUUUAAAUCAAUAUAAUGAUCGAUUGAAACAGCAAUUUGGUCUUCUGACAUAUUUUUUCCGAGACGCAGCUCCAAGGUACCUGAAAAAUUGAGAAAAUUUCAAAAUUUGAAAAUAGAACUUCUCCCAUUUUUUUAGCAGAAAGUGCGCUCCAAGGAGAAAUGAUUUUAUUUAUCAAAAUGCAGUUUUUUAUCGGGCUUAUCACUCAAAAUCUCAUUUUUCAGAGACUUGAACGAUUUUCGACCCUUUUCCAUUCAAAAAUAUUUCUUUUUUCAUUUUUUAGCAAAAAAUUUUAUUGAUUAAUUUUUCAUGAAAGUUUUGAAUUUUUUUAAAUUUUCCAGAGAGCUCUACGCAGCAGUUCCCGGGAUCCGGAAAUCACUUCUCGGCGUCCACGCCAAGCAGUUCGGCGAGAGAUUCCAUCAUCUACAGCGGAAACUCCAACGCCACGGAUCCGCGUCGAGCAUCUCCAGCCUCGACAGCGAGGGCGGCGAUGGUCAGUUUAGAGGAAAAUUCGUUAAAAUAAUUGAAAAAGGCUUUUAUUCCAAUGAAAAUCGAAUAAGAGAAGAAAAAGAGUCACUGUUCCUUUUGAAGUGAUCCCUAGAGGGCCUUAAGGGGCCACUAUAGUGGACUUUUUGACUUUGAGGGAGCAUUAUAGAGCCUUAAGUGGUCAUUCUAGUGGAUUUUUUGGAUCUACAGUGAUCCCUAGAGGCCCAGCGAUCUGUUUACAGGAUUUUCGACUCUUUAGUGAUCCCUAAAUGGCCUUAGAUGGUCAUUAUGGUGGAUUUUCGGCUCCUUAGCGAUCCCUAGAGGGCUCGUGAUCACUUUGGUGGAUUUUUGGCUUUUUACUCAUCCCUGGAGGGCAAUAAGAGGUCACUCUAGGGGUUUUUGGCUCUUAAGUGAUCCUUAGAAGGCCUCAAGGGGUCACUAUAGCGGGGGACAUUUUUGGCUCUUUAAGUGAUCACUAAAGAGCCCUAAGUGGUCACUCUAGUGGAUCAUUUGGCUCUACAGUGGUCCCUAGAGGGCCAGCGGUAGCUGUAGAAUUUUUUCAGUUUUUUAGUGAUCUUCAACAAUUCUAAGCGGUCACUCUAGUGGUUUUUUUGAAUUUUGAUUUCUGGAUGGCCUUAAGCGGUCACUAAAGCGAACUUUUCCGGCUUGUCAGUGAUUGGUGGCAUUUUUGGCUCUUUAAGUGACCCCUAGGGGGCUUUAUGGGGUCACUAUAGUGAAAUUUUGAAUCCUUAGUGAUCUCUAGAGGAGAUCAUUCUAGUGAAUUUUUUGGCUCUUUAGUGAUCCCUAAAUCGCCUUAAGCGGUCACUCUAGUGGAUUUCCGCUCUUUAGUGGCCUUACAAAAUAUUCUAAAAGGGUCUCAACACGACUAGCGAAAGAGUGUCAAAAAAUAAGAGAUUUAGACAUCUCCGCAGUACUUUCAUCUCAAGGUAGUGAUGAAUGAAUUUUUUCAGCCUUCCGACGAGAGAGCAUGGUCGCCGUGGAGAGCAGCGACGACGAGGAUCAUUCCAAGAUUUCUUGUGGCGGCCUGGCUAACACCCAUUUUCAUGUUGGUUUUGAAUAGGAUUCUGAAAAAAUGUGGAAAAUUGAACUUUUAACUUCAAACAAGGAUCUGUAGAACUUCAAGAAAAAUAUGAACUUUAAAAAAAAGAUAAAAAGGUGCAUGUGCGCUCCAAACAGAAUUUUCGAAUUUCCAGUGAUUUUAUUGGGUUUUAAAGCGAAAAAAUGGUCAAAUUUUAUGGAAAUUCAAAAAUUCUGUCAGUGAGAAUUUUUCCACAGUUGGACUGUUGAAAAACUUCGAAAAAACGAACAUAUCAAAAAAUUCGUAAACUUCAUAUUUUUGAUAGAUUUCAGUGUACCUUCCAAAAAGCAAAAACUCCAAAAAAAAUGAGAUUUCUACGGCUUUUGGAAAAAACAAUCUCUAUAAAUCGUAAAUUUUCAGCAAAGAGUGAUCAACGUCUCGAACGCACCGCCCGUCUCUCUGAAACGGGAAAAAGACUGGAGAUUGGGAAAUCACUCAAGGGUAACUCAUUUUACUGUUUCUCCGGCCUUUAAUAAAACAAAAAAAAGGAUAUUGUAUUAUAGAAUUCUUCAGGAUCACUUUAGAAACUUUGAUUUUUGGAAAGAUUAAUUUUGAAGAUUUUCGUUUGGUUCAAAAUAAGGCUUAGGGUCCAUGAAAAAUCUAAAAAUAAGGUUAUUUUUAAUCUAAACUUUAAAAAUUUCUGCGAUUUCGCUCUAAUGAUCUCUGAAGGCUUCUCAAAGUCUCUUUCCAAAAAUUUUAUUUUUGGAAAAAUCUUCGAGUAUCGACAACGAAGACCCCUGAAGCGUCUUAGCAUUUCUAGGGGCCACUCUAGAGAUCUGAAGCCUCUAAAGCGGCCACUAAAGGGCUCGUAAAAGUUCGCGUUUGAUAAAAAUCAGGCCUGGGAGCUAUAUUUUUUUUUCAACUUUUGAAAACUCUUCAAAAUCAAAUUUCCAGCGCUAUCGACUAAGAGAUAGGAUUUAAAGCUUAUUCGUCAAUUUUAUUUUUUUUUUUUAAGUUUGGCAUUUUUUUUCCUAGUGAAAUUUGAAAUCCUGGAAUUUUCAGAGGUUUUAAGAAAAUUUAUAGAAAUUUCUCGAAUUUCCACCGAAAUGAUCUCCUUUUAAGGUUCUCGAAAUGAAUAAUAAACUCUAAUUUUCCAGGUCCGGAGGUCUCGUGGCCUGUGUGGACCCGGUAAUGUCCAAGGACCACGAAAAUAUGUGGCUGGCCAACUUGGGAAUGAACAUCAGCGACAAACGACGGAAGUUUGUCUUUUUCUGAUUUCUACUGAAUGAAAUUUGGAAAAAGAGUCCUUUUUGCAUUUCUACACAACCUUGGAACAGUAGGAAACCGUAAAAAUGGCUCAAAAAUGCUGCUUAAAAAUAUUUUGAAGUUUAAAAAUUGGCUUUAAAAAAUCUCGCUUUAUUCUGUGUAUUCUAAAAGAGUCUUACUUUCUUUAUAAUAGAAAUCUCGUUUUCAACCUGAUUUUACAAAUUUUCCAAUAAUUUUCAUGGCUUUUUGAACUUUUUUUUCUCGUUUCCCCACGAUUUUCUUGAAAUUCUGCAACUUCAGAUCGAACACCUCGACUUGCAAGGAAACUACAACUUUCUCCCCGGCCACCAACACCUUGGGACUGCCUCUGAUAAAGCAGGCGAUUGCUGAGGUCUUUUUCCACGUCCUGGCCGACGAUGAUCAGCCAGACAAGGCGGCCAACGCCGAGCAGCGCAAAGCGAGGUCACUUUCCCGUUUCACUUCUUUUAUUUGAAAGAAAAAUGUCGAGAAUACAAUUCCCGCAACUGUUUGAAAUAUAAAUCUUGAAAUGUUUCAAGACUAUUUCUAGAACGAAAAUUAAUAAACCGCCCUCAAAAAUAUAUAUUCCAGAGAAGAAAUGUCUCUCCUGGGCGUGUUGAACAACUACAACCGCGGAAACUACAAACUCAAUCCGGUUAUCGUUCAGGAAGAAGAUUAUAACGUUUAUUAUGGCGGUAUUAGUAAUGGUAAUUUUGAAUUAUUAUGAAAAACUAUUCAAAAAUCAAAAUUAAGGACUACUUUGGCCGGCUCUCCACAAUUUGCCUGAAUACAUUGUCAGCGAGUACGAUGAUAUGAAUGUAAACUUCAAAUAUUUUAAAUUCAAUAAAAAACGGCCUUUAGGUGCUCCGAAAUCACUGGUGCGCCUACGUUCGGGUCAAUUAUCAAUUCGCUUUGGAUGCUGUACGAAAUAGUCGUCCACAGGUGAACUUUGAAGUGAUGCACUGAAAAAAUACAUUUUCACAAAAAUAAAACGAUAAUAUUGCUUCGAAUUUUGAAAAUGGUUGCUUUGAAUUCUGCAGUAGCUUCUUCGACCAAUUUCGAACAAGAAAAAUGAUUGGAUUGUUCAAAAUAAAACUUUCAGAUCGAAAAAAAAAUAAUAAAACCAGUUUCUCAUUAUUUAAAAUUCUCUAACAAAAAGGGGGGUGUACCCCGCAGUGAACCCCGAAAAAAGUGAGCUUUUCGUUGAUGUUUGCGCUGAACCCCGCGUUGGACCUGAAUGGGGUGAACUCCUGGGGCAACCGGUCAGAAAUGAAAAGUUCUUUUUGAGCUACCGAAACGACCUAGGAUGAAACGGUAGAAAAUGGUGAUAAUGGGAAACAAACCACUUCGAAAUCGUGUACGGAAAAAGUACCUUAAUGGGCAUUUAAAGCUAAACGGGGUGCACCCCUGGUUACACUGCGGGGUGAAACGAGAGUUGGACGCGGGGUGCACCGCAACUUUUGUUAGAGUUCUUCGUCCGCAACACGAUCACGGCCUUUGCAUUUUUAGCUACGCGCAAAUUAUUUACGAACAAAUUUUUUUUUGCACUUUUCAUAGGGUUUCAUGUGUAUUCGUGAUAAUCAUUGGAUAAUUUCACCUAAGUUAAAGAUUUUUCGAUUAUUUUUGUUCCAUUUCAAGUUGCAAAGAGUUGAAAAUUGAAAAAAUGUAGUUUGAUAAUUUUGGUUUUUCAAAGGUUUCUCAAAGGUUUUUUAAUCGUCACAAUUUGCUUACGCGCAGUUUUUUUUAUUUUUUGUCUUUAUUUCAAACUUUUGAAGGACUUCAUAUGGAUCCACGACUACCACCUGAUGCUCACGGGAAUGAUAAUGCAAUCUUUGGACCCUCAACUUGAGGUUUUCACUAAAAAUCGAAAAAAAAAAACCGAAUUUCAAUGAUUUUCAGGUCGGCUUCUUUCUGCACAUUCCAUUCCAGCCACCCGAUGAUUUUUUCACCAAAUAUGGAUCCGUCGGAUUUCCAAUGCUCAGGGGGUUGCUCAGAUUCACAAAGGUUGAUUUUUGAAGAAAAUUAUGAUAAUUAUUGAUUUUGAGGUCGGAUUUCAAACCCAUCGGGAUCGGACGAAAUUCCUGGAUUUGGUCAAAGAAUAUCUUCGCGGAUCCGUCAUCAACUACGAUUCUAAUUCUGAUAUUUGCUCAGGUUUUUCGAGCAAAUCCUUGAAAAAUGUCAAUUUUCGAGCUUUUCAGUGACCCACGAAGGCUGGACUUGCUCUUUGGGAGUUUUCCCAGUGAGCAUCAAAAAUGACGAUUUUUUGAAGUUUGUCAAUCUGCCUGAAACGAUCAAAUUGAAGAACGAGCUGAGGAGAAAGGUUGGUUUGGAAUGGAAAAAAAACGAUUUCUUUAAAUAUUUUUGCCGUUUCAAGGAGGGUUUAAAGAGGAAGACAUUUUCUGAUUCAUUUAUUAAUCCACUGAAAGUAUGAUUGAGCGCAAAGUGGCCGCUAGAGGGGUUAGGGCGAAAAACAGCCUCGCUACAAAAAGUGGUCCCUAUAGUGGUUUAGGGUAAGCCUAAAGAUUCCUUCUCCUCGAGCUUUCAAUGAUAAUCGACUAAGAUGCCCCUGGAGGGGCCACUUUUGCAAGAUUUAGUGGCCCCUAUAGGGGUGGUAAAGUUGUCCUGGAAACUUUUUAAAGCUCUUAAGGUUGCCCCUAUAAACACCACUUUGGAGUUUUUAAGCAGUCUAUGGAAAAAAUCGGCUUUAUUACCAUGAAAAUAUGAGUUUUUCCAAGUUUUCUGGCCGCUUUUGGAGUGCGCCCGACCUUGAAACGGUUUUCGCUUUUGCCAACGAAACUUUGAGUCACUGACUCGUCAAAUUGUUUCUCCAAAGCUUCGAGCUUCCGAGAAAACGCGACCGCAACGCCUUGAGCCAUUCCCACUGCGACCCAUUUCUACCCCAAAACUCUGAAAUUUUCCAGGUUUUGGGCGAAAAUCCGGCGGAAGACGCCCGAUUUUUCUUCUCCGUCGAGAGAUUCGAUUACACCAAAGGGAUCAAGGAGAAGCUGGUGGCCUACAGAAGAUAUUUCGAGAAAUUCCCGGAACGAAUCGGCAAGGAUGUGUUGUAUCAGGUGGGUUGAAGAAAGAUCAGAUAAAAAAAAAUAGAAUAUUUAAUUCUGGUUUUGAAAAUACCGAUUUCUUCGAAAAACGAUUAAAAAUAACGCAAGGAAAGUUUUUUUCUCAUUUGUCAUCAUUUCUUUACAAAUAUCCUGAUUUCUCUGUUAAAAAAAUUUUUUUCAAGUUUUCAUUUAUUUUUUUGUCUAUUUCAGCUGUUUAUGACUUGAAUGUUAGAUUUUUUUCUUCAUUUUCCUAACUUUAUUAAUUCCUUUUUUUAUCAAAAAUAUCUAUAUCUUAGUGUUUUUUUCGUCCACAUAAGCAACGGCGUUUUUUUGGCCCACCUAUAUUUUUUUCCGUAAAGUGUAGUGUGUCGUGUGCAUACACUGCGACGCUCUCGCACAUGCCACGUCCAAAAUAAUUUUCGCGAAAUUCGAAAUCUCGUCUGAAUUUUUGAAAUUCAGUUAUUUUUCUACUCUCUGAUCGCUAUUUUGUUUUUUCGCGGAAUUCCUUUCAUGUGUUUAAAAAAAAAAUCUCGUUUUUUUGAAAUGAGAGAUAGAUUCGUCUCGUGACCCAUUGAACAUGCACCUUUAAUAUUUUCUGUUUUUUACGCUUUUUUCCCAUGAGGGAACGGCGGAGGUUUUGACCACGCCUCCUUUAUUUUUUUGGUUUUUUUGAAAUAAUUUUUUUUUUUUUUUAAUUUCAAAGAUACUUACUUUCCUCUGUGAAUAAUAUCAAUUUUCUGUUGUUUCAUACAUUUUUUUUCCUAUUAACUCUUCGCAAAAAUUUUUUUCGCUUCGUUUUUUUAGAGUUUCCAGAAACAGGUUUUUGCGAUCAAAACAUUUUUUUCCUCGAAGUUUUUUUCAGUAAAUAGGUUUUUAAUAAUAUUAUUUAUUUACAGGCAGAACAAAAAUAACAUGUACAAAAAAAGAAGGAAAAAAAUUGGCAUUUAAACCUGAAAUAAAUAAAAAGGUUUUAUGAUCUUCUUUAUCGAAGUCCCGUUCAAAUUUUUUUGAUCUUUCAUUUUUUUCAGUGGUUUUUUUCUAACAUAAAUGUCAAUUUUUUUCUGUGAUGAAGAAUUUUUUCUUUUAUCAGCACCCUUAUGUUCUUCUUCCUUCAAAAACCUUUCGAAAUUUUUGAUUUUCCGAAAUUUUCAAGGUGGCCGUGACGAAUCGCCGUUCAGUCGACACUUACCGGGUCUACCAGGACGAAUGUAUCGAAAUCGCCGAAAAAAUCAACGAAGAAUUCCGCGACACGAAAAAUCCUUCGUGGCGUCCAUUGGUCUUCCAAACUGAUGGUGAAAUACUCUGAUUUUUCCCAGGAUUACGGUAGGAUUUAGGUCUGCCAAGGUCCGAGUUGGUGGCCGCGUACCUGGCCAUGGAUAUCGGUAUCGUGACGCCGAAGAAGGAUGGAAUGAACUUGGUGAGUUUGGGAGUGAAAACAGAAAAUUGGAAAGCUACCGUAAUCCUAACUGCUCUUGCAAAUUUUCCACUCGAGACCUGAAGAGAUUUUUUUUGGUUCAAAGACACUCAAAAAAGUAUUUUUUUUUCUAAAAGCAUCAAAACUUCUGAAAAAACACUUCAAGGACCACUUUGGCUAAUAUUAUGUAUAUUUUCCUUGGUUCUUUUUGUGGAAAAGUUGCCUUUUUUCAUUAAAAGAAAGCUAAAUAACUUUACUUUUUCAAUACGAUUUUUAAGUCCCUCAAAGAAAGCUUUUUCCUGUUCCUCAAAUCGAAUUUGAGCGUUUGAAAAAAAGGGAAAAUUGGUAAAAAACGAGCACUUUUUUCCGAGUUUCAUUGAAAGUAAUUCUGCCGAAAUUUUGAUUUUCUAAUUUUUUUGAGAUAUUUCGUGGAAUGGCGCGAUGCGUCGCUGUUGCGGUGCGGUUUUCGAUAUACUAUUUUGUAUUUGGCAGCCUGCUUUGACCCUUUUCGAAAGCCUUGCGCGCAAGUCGCUUCUUGGUCGGGCGCAAGUUUGAAAUGAACUGAUUCCACUUUGAGCCAUUCUCCGUGCGACCAAAAAUUCACAGACCUUUUUCAAAAGGGUAUUCUUACUGAUAAUGGUUUCUUUUUGUUGUUCCUUUUAUUGUUUCGGUUUUUUUCCAUCAAUUCGUUUCUCUCACUCGGGCAAAGUCGAAAUGGUGAAUAAUGGUGGCUAAAAAAGAAAGGCUCAAAAAAGGAUGCAGAAAAGUCCCAGAAAGCUCGCAAAAAGGUCCCGAAAAGGCAGCAAAAAGAAAGCAAAAAGGCCGCAGAAAGGCACCAAAAAAAGUCCCUUUCUCGAGCUUUCCAUUUUUCUAGAAUUUUAAAGGCUCAAGAAAUGGUAGGAAAGGAAGAGGCGGCAAAAAUGGUGCAUACCUGCCGAGAAAAUGGCGCAAAAAGGCAGCAAAAAAGGAGCUUUCGUCACCCUAAAAGGAACAUUUUUUGAACCUUUCAGCAGCCUUUAUGGACCCUCGGAGGGUCCUUCCGACUUUGCCUAUGUUGUAAAAAUGAUCUUCAAACUGUUUCAAUCAGAUGUUCUAAUUUCUUUAUUUUCUACUCGAAACAGCAAAAUGAGGUUGUCAGGUGGCCAAGGAGAUGCUGGUCUGCAACCCGCGGGCGGGUCUCAUUCUGUCCACUGGGGCCGGCUCGGAGAUUCAGUUCACCACCGCCGGUCUUUACAAGGAGGACGGCGACAAGAAUUAUCACAGGAUUUCCGACGUGUUCGAUGUCGAGGUUGGAGAUGAACAGAUGAAUAACUUUAAGGGGUUUUUUUUAAUUCUCCUAGCCUUUUUUUAGAGGUUUCUGUAGAUGAAACUUGAAGCUGAAGCUUCAAUAAAUCUACUUUAAAAGGAAAAAAAUAAGAUUUUAUUCAGAAAAAAAGGCUUGAAAAGUAGAAUUAGCCAUGGAGCGCAGAUUCUCCAAAUUUUGAGCUUCUUGGACCAUUUUUCAUAUAAAUUUGCUUCCAGCAACGUUUCAAGAAGAUUUUUAAUUUUUUCUAAAGCGAAAAAAUUUUUUUUAAAUCAAACACUUCAGUCCUACGCGGACGCCUUCCACGCGGCUGCCUUGGAAUCAGAAGAUCAACGGAAAAUUCACGGAAAACGGCUUCACGAAUUCAUCGUCGCCAAUGAUAUCGAGCGGUAGGUUCAAAUUUUGUGAAAAAUCAUGAAAAAUAUUGGAUUUAAGGUGGAGCAGCGCGUUUUUGGACCCAAGUUGGACCCAUGAAGUCAUUCGACCGACCAAGGUGAGUUUCCAGUACUUUACAGAUUCUAAAUUUGAUUUUAAUCAACAUUUGAAAAAAAAGUUUUUCAGUGGAAGUAUGGGGUAUUGGAGAAAUGUUCAGUGGUCACUCAAGAGGUUCCACAGGGAUUUUCCGGAGAGGACACUGAAGUGACCACUGAAACCACCCCUUUAGUGGCCACUAUUUGCCGUGUUAGUGGCCACUAUAGAGGUUUCUCAAGACUGUUCGGAAGGGCACUAAAGUUGUCCCAACUUUUCGUUUUAGUGGCCACUGUAGGGGUUUUCUUCUCAGUGGUCACUUAAGAGGUUUCCCAAGGACUACUUGGAUAGUACACUAAAGUGGCCACUAUUUUUCAUCUUAGUGGCCACUUAAGAGGUCUAUUUUUUUAAGUGACCACUAUAGUUUUUUUUUUCUCGAAAUUAUUUCUGCUUCUCGCAUUUUUCGUGCUGUUUUUGUUAUUUUUCUGAUUUUUUUUAGCUUGAUUGUAUUUUAUUUUCUCUUUCCUAUUUUCCUAAUAUUCGUAUUUUCACAAUUUUUAGUUAUCAUAACUUCAAAACUUUUAUUUUUUUAUUUCAUUUUUCCGAGCUUUUUGAGCACUACAGUUCCUGGUAGCAUAAUUUUGAAGAAAAAGCAGUUUUUUAUCUUCUACAUAGUCAUUUUUUCACAGUUACUAAUGCUUUUAUGAUUAAAAAUUGGUCUCUGCUCAGAAAAAAGGAAUUUUUUCGAAAAAUCUCUAGUUUUUCAGGUGGAAACCCUUGAAGAUUUCUUCUCGCUGAUGAUGAAAACUCGAAAUGUUCGACGGCAAAUCGUCGGCCGAGUUCUGAAAGGAAUUCCCAUCAGAGCGCACUUUGCCAUCAGUUUGAGGAAUGCCAAGGUUUGGAAUUCCCACUUGGGAGCGCCAGAGUGGUCCCUAGAGUGCCAAUUCUAGGGGUUCUUAAUUAUUCCACUAUAGGGACCACUUUGCCUCCUCCUGAAGGUUCAAAUUACUAAGGCUUGCAAAAGUGGUCCCUAUAGGGGACAGGCUUCUUGUUUAUUGCUAUGAAUUUAUGAGAAGAGGCUUAUCAAUAAUUUAGCGCUUUUUAAAUGAAAAAAAAUAGGUUUUCCUGAUUUUCCAGAACCCUAGGGGGUCCACUUAAGCUUUACAGGGCUAAGGGAGUCAGGCUGCUUGCAAAAGUGGUUACUCUAGGGAACCAUACAGUGAGAGAUCGGGGCUUGUGUGGCCCCCGAUCUCUUUGCCGUGGUUUCAUUGCCGCAUCGCUCAUUCAUGGAUUGAAAAAGAUUCAUUAAAUAAAAUGGCGAAUUAAAUCAUAAAAAUAAAAAUAUUAAAUCAAAAAAAUGGGAUGGCGGUGUCGAGUGGCUGCGGGUCCGUUGCCGGUCCCCGGUCUUGUCCUGCCGUCGUCGUGGCGGGCUUUUUAUAGUUGUCCACGGCGGCCCUGAAAGCUUGAAAGUUAUAAUUGGCUUUCAAUAGAGCGUGGGCUCGGGUGAGGGAUUGUGUGAUCUUGGAGGGCGUCGGGGUCGACGCCUCCGCGGCUCUUAGCGUCGCGAUCGGCUGAUCGUCGCGACGGUAAGAGCUGAUGUUAUCGGUGCGCAUCGGAAUGUUAUCUUAAAAAGCCUUUGGGCCGUCUGGAGGACUUUGUCCAGUGUUUCAAUGGAGCGGAAAUAGCUGCAAUGAGCUAUGGGCUCCUACAAUACUACUCGUUUUUUUAAUGAAAUAAAUCUCAACAGAGGGUUUUCCAUUGAAUAUUUUAACUUUAUUUUUCAAACCUGAACAAUAAAAUAUUGAAGAACCCCACUUAAGUUGAAGAACCCUACUUAAGAACCCUACUUAAGGCCACUUAAGUUUUUAGAGGCUUCGGACUCACAAAAAUUUACCAAAGCCUCCAUUUUUUUCAAGCAUUAACAGUUCUAAGAACCUUUAUUUUUUUGUAACUCAAAUUUCAAUUCUAAGGAGUCACUGGAAAACAUGUGCCGACCUGACACCCACACUUUGGUCCUCAAGGCGAGUCACGACAGUCCGGACGAUGCUCAGUUUGAGAUCGACGACGAGCUGGAGGAGUUCGAGAGGGUUCGUUGGGAAAAUAUUCGGAUAAAAUGAAAAAUAUUUUUCCCAUAGAGUUAGCAUCAGGCCUUUGAAAAAAAUCGAAGCUUCAAGACCAGAAUUUCUCAGAAAAAUCUUUCAAAAAAGAGACCUAAUAAGCCUUUUUUUUCCGUUUUUAAUGGUCUGAACUCUAAAAAAACAGGAGUAUCUACUGGGAAAAUUUUUAGUGGCCAUUAUAGGGUUUUGGCGUUUUAGUGACCACUAUCGUAGUCAAAUUAGUGGCCUCUUAAGGGGUUGAAAAUAAGUGGCCACUAUAGAGGUCUAAAUGCUACUACUAGACCAUUAAGUGGCCACAUUAGGGUUCAAUGAAUCAACAUAACUGGUCCAAUUUGCUUGUUUUGAAAUUAUCAGAGGUACUGGAAGGAAUACUGGAUGAAAAAGUACUGAAGUGGCCACUAAAACGGAAAAUAGUGACCACUAUAGAGGCGGGUUUAGCGGCCACUUAAGUGUCCUCUCCAAGUAGUCCUUGGCGAGCCCUAUAGUGACCACUAAACAUUUUCUGAAAUAAUCGAAUUUUUCAUUUGAAUAUAUGAACUUUGAGCUCUCAAAGAAAUAGGAAAAAUGUAUCUUGUUUUUUUGUUUCAAAAAAAUGAUGAUACUGAGAUUCAAAAAAACCUAUUUUGAGUGAUUUUUUUCAAUUUUUUUGAAAUUUUAGGACUUGUCAUUCAUCAGCUACGUGCAAAGUGAGGACGCCGACAACGUCGAGCAGUUUGUCGACGUUAGUUUUUCCUUUCUUUUUCAGAUUUAUACCUUUAUUCGUUUUUUCUUUCAUUUUUGGUAUCAAAAUUCGUUAGUUUGACUCAUUUUCAUCUUAAAAUCGUCCUUAUUCACGACUUUGAUUCUUGGCGCAGCGCGAAACUUUUGGUCUGCCGUUUUUGAGACCAGGGUUCGAUUCCAGUUCUCGUUUUUUUACUGCCAUUUUUUUGCAUCAUCAUUUUUAGCUUCUACUGGUGGCAAACUUGAUUAGAAAAUAAUAAAAAAAAAAGAAAGAAUCGAUUUUAUUCAUUUUAAAUGUCCAUUUUUCGAAAAAAUGCUUUAUUCUGCUUUUUUUGAUCCUCAAAGACCUAUUCAUCAUUCCAAAAGUCGCUGUUCGAAACUUUUUGAUUCUUGGCGCAGCGCGUCAUUUCCUGUCUCUCAUUUUUGGUACCAGGGUUCGAAUCCUGUCCUUUCUGCCAUUUCUGCCAUUUUUGCCAUUUUCCCCUCAUAA